AUGACUCAAUCUCUUAUCAAUCGUUUACAAUUACCAGUUAAACAAUGCUUUGUGAAUAUCGGAGCAAUAGACAAUGCGAAUAUUGUCUCAGAAAAAUACACUACUGCCACUUUCUAUUCUACAUAUAAUAAUUCUAAACAUCAAUUAAACUUUUUGAUUGUACCUAAAAUAGCUGAGAAGGUGCCUAAUGAGACUUUCCCUCGGGAGAAAUUCAACAUCCCCAAGAAUAUCAAAUUAGCAGAUCCCCAAUUUCAUAUACCCAGACCGGUCGAUGUCUUGCUAGCGUCAGGUCCAACCCUGUCUUCUCUUGCCAUAGGGCAAAUCAAGCUGAAUGACGAAAGAUCCCAAAUCACUCUUCAAAAAACUUCUUUCGGCUGGAUAGCAGCCGGAGGAUCAAUCUUAUCAACGAUUCCCAACUCCGUUUCGUGCAAUGCGGUGAGGUUAGAUUCACUCCUAGAAAGAUUCAUGGCGAUGGAAGACGUGGAUUAUCAACCCAUCAAGUCAGAAGAGGACCUAGCAUGCGAAAGGUACUACGCUCAAACCACGACACGCGACACUUCGGGUCGCUAUAUCGUUCGUCUACCGUUUCGAUCAGGCAAAUUCGAACUAGGUUUGUCAAAAUACCAAGCGUUACAGCGUUUUCAGGCGUUGCAGCGCAAAUUUGAUGCUAACUCCAGGUUCCGAGCAGAGUACGAAAAGGAAUUCAACGGGUAUCUGGAACUUGGCCACAUGACGCUGUGCGAGGACGACAACAACGAUGGUUACUACUUGCCUCACCACGCGGUGAUCAAGGAGUCCAGCGAAACGACGAAAUGUCGUGUCGUUUUCGACGCUUCUGCAAAAUCCUCCACGGGCAUUUCGUUGAACGAUAUGCUGUUGACUGGACCGACCAUUCAGGAAACUCUGUGGAAGCAAGUUUUGCGAUUCCGUUCUCAUCCCUUCGUCAUUACUGCCGACAUCGAAAAGAUGUACCGACAAAUCUGGAUUCAUCCCGACGAUAGGAAGUUCCAGAAGAUCUUGUGGUACCACGAAGGCGAAGUUCGAACUUUCGUUCUCAACGUUGUAACUUUCGGGGUGAAGUGUGCCCCUUUUCUCGCAAUUCGAACAUUGCAUCAGUUAGCCGUUGAUGAAGAGAGCAGAUUCCCAAGGGCGGCAAUGCUACUUCAUCGAGACUUCUACGUUGACGAUUUCCUUUCAGGUGCAGACACGCUGGAGGACAUCAUGAGGAUUCGCGACGAGAUGAUCAAACUUUUAAGUCGUGGGGGGUUCGUGAUACGAAAAUGGUCCUCGAACCAUCCGUCGGCUUUAGACAACAUCGAUAAAAACAUCUUCGAUUUAGAUUGCGGCAUACAAGGGAACCCCAUAAAGAAGACUCUCGGAAUCAUCUGGGACUCACAACGAGAUGUCUUCACGUAUUCCGCAAACCCUGAUGCGUUAGCUUCUACCAAAAGAAAACUCCUUUCCCAGAUUGCGAGGAUCUUCGAUCCUCUAGGCUUAUUAGGUCCUUUAACCCUGUAUGCCAAAACAUUAAUUCAGGAAUGUUGGAAAGCUAACAUUACCUGGGACGAAUCUCUACCUCAAGACAUCCACACCAAGUGGAUCGCUUUAGCUGAACAACUUUCUUUAGUGCGAGAAGUCGCGUUACCAAGGUAUCUGCGAUAUGACGUUGCGAACCCAGUAUCCACCGAGAUACACGGUUUUUGCGACGCGUCGAUAAAGGGAUACGGCGCGUGCAUCUACAUUCGUUCCGUUGACUCUGCGGGAAAUGUCACUGUUAGGUUAGCUUGCAGUAAAUCCAAGGUUGCUUCGCUUAGCCAUCACACCAUACCUCGUUUGGAACUCUCUGGCGCUGCCCUUCUGAAGGGACUAUAUGUCGAACUGGUGACCCAGCUGACUUUCAAUAUCGUGCGAACAAUUCUUAAAACAGACUCAAAAAUCAUUCUCUGCUGGUUAGACAAAGCUCCUCAUCUACUUAGAACCUACGAAGCGAACAGAGUCGCUGAUAUUCAAACGCUAGCUCUUCCUGAAGAUCAAUGGCCUUCAUCGGAAGAAUCCUCGUUAGGUGAUCCUCCAGGAGCGACAGAGGGAAUUGUUUUAUUCACAGCCUCUUCUGGAAGUAACGUCUACUCUCGUUUCUCUGAUUACGGAUGCCUUAUUAGGUCCAUCGGAUAUCUUCUCCGUUGGAGUAGAAGGGAAUCACUACUAGACGAUACCCAAGAUGCGAAUAAAUCGCAACGAGGGAUUCGUUACCUCUCCCAAGCCGAAAUAGUUUACGCAGAACGCCAAAUCCUUCUUCUCAUCCAAAGAGAAUGUUUUAGUUCUGAGAUAAAAUUGCUCAAGUCGACUACGAAAUUAAUUUCCAAAGGCCCCAACGGCGCUUUCAGGAGUCGAACGAAGUUCGAUGAACUCAAUCCUUUCUUAGACGAGCAUGAACUGGUCAGAGUAGGCGGUCGGUUGAAGAAUUCAAAUCUUCAAUUCAAUCAAAAAUACCCUAUUUUGCUACCCAGCAACCAUCACGUGUCAGAUCUCAUCAUUCACGAAGCUCAUCAUCGAAAUCUUCACGGAGGGGUCCAAUCCACUCUUUACAGGAUACGCGAAAGGUUUUGGAUUCUCAACGGUCGAAACCAGAUGCGACAUGUCUUGCGCCGCUGCGUACCCCGUCUUCGGCAAAGGCCAAAAUUCUCACACGCCAAGAUGGCAGACCUUCCAGAAUCUCGAGCUGUCCACAUCGAGGUAGCAUCCGAUCUCUCAGCUGAGGGCUUCCUCGCGUGUUUUCGUCGGUUCGUUGCCACGCACGGCAAACCGACCACCAUGUACUCUGACAAUGCCGAACGGAUUGAGUGGAACUUUAAUCCACCUCUCUCACCGCACUUCGGCGGUUUGUGGGAGGCGGCAGUUAAAAGUUUCAAACACCAUCUGAAUCGUGUCGUCAAGGACCAAAAGCUCACGUACGAGCAAUUGGAAACAUUGUUAAAGGAAAUCGCCGUCGUGUUAAAUUCUCGACCAUUGUACGCGAUUUCUGCUGACCUAAACGAUUCCCUUGCGAUAACUCCAGCUCAUUUUUUGAUCGGGCGUUCCUUCAAUUUCUUACCCAACCAAAAUUAUGUUUCAGUUCCGGACAAUCGCCUCACUUCCUACCAGCUCGUCUCUAAAGCUAGACAAGCCUUCUGGAGUAAAUGGCAGAAGGAGUACUUGCAUGAACUGCAAACUCGUCAGAAGUGGUUGAAUUCCGGAACCGUAUUAUCACCUGGAUCUGUGGUUGUGUCGAUGGAGGACAACCCUGCUUGCGCAAGAUGGCCGCUGGGUGUCGUCGUGGAGAUCCACCCUGGGAGCGAUGGCAUUGCUCGAGUAGCAUCGCCCCAGAUGUGUGCUCUUUGGUUUGCCAUGAACGAGUCGAACCAUGGAGUAUUCUGGAAGUGCUUGAAGCCUGGCCCGCGAAAGGUAGAGUACAGAGUGCUCUACAGCCAGAUGCCCAAAGAAUCAAUCUUUGGAGCGCGAUACCUGUCCGGAGAUCAGGACAAGCGUGAUCAGUGA